UUCAAACACACGUAAAAGUGCAUUUCACUCAUAUUUUACACGAUUUAAGUUUACGGAUAAACGAAAAAAAUAAUAAAAAAUUUAUAAAACAAAUGUAAACUGUAUUUUCACGUGUUUAAAUCGAAGAAAAAACAUAUUAACACAGAAAAUCAAAUUGGUACCAAUAAUUAGCGAUAAAUGAAGAAUCAUCUAAAGAUAACUGAUAAAUUGGAGUGGUAAUAGAUCAGAAAAUUUAAAAAAAAUCAAAAUUGUAAAUGUGAGAAGUCGCAUAGAGACGCAUGCCACAAGCGCGGUAAAUGUAGCAGGAAUAGCGCGGCGAAUCAGGAACGUAGGAAACAUACAAAGCAAACAACAGGGAAACAACGGAUAACACGGCACGACACGGCACGGUACUGUACGAACAACAGCAACACUAGAGAGCAGGAGGGUAGCUGUAGUGUCGCUGGUACCGCUUAGCAGUGGUGGUAGUUCGAGCUCGAGCUAAGAAAUACGUUGAACCGUCCACGCGGCAUCAUUUAGACUUUAACCAUUCCUUGCGCAGUCUUGUAAGGGUGGUUUGUGUACACGUGGGAAAAGAAAGCGAAAAAAAAUAGCUUUUACACGCGCGUUUCAUUUAUUUGAAAAAUAGAUUGCGUGGUCAUUUUCAAAAUCUUCAUUAUCGAAAACUAUAUCCUCAUCAAAGUUGUAUCGAAUGAAAUAUUAUUUAUUGCGCAUAGCAAAUACAACUGACUCGUGAUAUUAUUAAGGACACUAUAAACAAGAUUGCAAGUCACGAGAAAUUUCACAGAAAGGAAUAUAAUAGUUUGCACGACAAGAGAAGUUGCAAAGCAUCAAACCAGAAAAAGAGGUAGCAACGGGUAAAAAAGAAGAAAAUCGAUAGAAUUUCGAGAAUUUGAUUCCGAGUUGAAUGUGAAGAUUCACGUGACGCGAUCCAGUUCAACCAGGCGACAACACGCAGCACUGACACAACACGAACAUUUUGAGGCGUGACGACAAAAUGUCCAAUUCCGAAAGGAGACAGAUGCAGAAAUGGCCUUUGUGCCUAGUACCUCUUUCAAGAACGAAGGAACGAACUGUUCUACCAAAAUACUAUACGAGAGUGCCUUCGGUUGCAAGAUCGUCGACGAACAGUUCAGGCAUAAAUCUAGAUUGUUCAUCGAAUACGACACUCGCAACAAUCGCGAGUCCGUUCAACAGUCAAACAGCCCUAAUCGCGGAGAAAAAAGUGAUUCCUUCUGGCAAUAUUGUCAUUGCUAACCAUUACUAUGCACAGAACUUGAGGAACAAUCAUCAAAAGACUCUAAACGGGUCUCACAUAUACGAUCCUCUUGACAAGGGUUCUGAUCACGAUUACAAGCAAAUCGAUCCAUUAUUGGUCGGCGAACCUCCGUAUAUGGGGGUCGAAAACACCAAGCAAACUAUGAGUUCGCAAAAUAUAAAACCGGCCAAGGACUCGGACGAUGUUUUACAUACACAGUUCAAAGAAGUAAAACGAUCACCUAUGCGCUAUAGUAUGCAGCUGAUAGCUGCUCUAGCGGUGUCAAUGUCCUCUUUGAUGAUCGGUUACUCCACUUCCUACACGUCUCCUGCUUUAGUUUCGAUGCGAGAUAACACGACAGCCACAUUCGAAGUAACUAUGGAUAUGGCUAUGUGGAUAGGAUCGAUCAUGCCACUGAGCGCUCUUAUUGGAGGCAUAAUCGGUGGUCCAUGUAUUGAAUAUAUUGGUAGAAGAAACACUAUUCUGAGCACUGCUUUACCGUUUCUUGCAGGCUGGUUAUUUAUCGCACUAGCAACAAAUGUUGCGAUGAUAUUGGUUGGCCGUAGUAUAUGCGGUUUCUGCGUCGGUAUUGCUUCUCUUUCCUUGCCAGUUUAUCUUGGAGAAUCUAUACAACCAGAAGUACGUGGUUCACUUGGUCUCUUACCAACCGUCUUUGGUAAUUCAGGGAUCUUAAUGUGCUUCACAGCUGGAAUGUAUUUAGCUUGGCGAAAUCUUGCAUUAUUAGGUGCCUGUAUACCAAUAAUAUUUUUGAUUCUGAUGUUCCUAAUUCCUGAAACGCCAAGAUGGUACAUUUCGAAAGGGAAAAUAAAAGAGGCACGAAAAUCGUUGCAAUGGUUGCGGGGCAAGACUGCCGAUAUUAGCGAGGAAUUAGAUUCCAUUCAAAAAAUGCAUAUCGAAAGUGAACGUAUCGCUACAGAGGGUGCUUUCAUAGAACUUUUCAAGAAAAAUCAUAUAAAACCGGUUUUUAUUUCGCUUGGCUUAAUGUUCUUUCAACAGUUUUCAGGAAUCAAUGCGGUCAUAUUUUACACAGUUCAAAUUUUCAAGGACGCUGGAAGUACUAUAGAUGAAAAUCUUUCCACCAUCAUCAUAGGUCUCGUAAAUUUCAUUUCAACGUUCGUUGCAGCAAUGAUCAUAGAUAGAUUAGGUCGAAAAAUGUUGCUUUAUAUAAGUAGUAUACUAAUGUGUAUAACUUUAUUCACAUUCGGUACUUUUUUCUAUGUGAAAGAAUUAAUGGAUGUUACUGCAUUUGGUUGGAUUCCACUAAUGAGUCUGAUCGUUUAUGUGAUCGGGUUCUCAUUUGGUUUUGGUCCGAUCCCAUGGUUAAUGAUGGGCGAAAUUUUACCAGUUAAGAUACGUGGUACGGCUGCCAGUGUUGCAACAGCUUUCAAUUGGUCCUGUACAUUCGUCGUUACGAAAACUUACGAAGAUUUGGUUUCCCAUAUCGGCCCAUAUGGAACUUUUUGGUUGUUCGGUACGCUUGUAGCAGUAGCAUUCAUUUUUGUAAUUAUUUGCGUACCAGAAACACGAGGACGAUCUCUCGAAGAAAUCGAAAGAAGAUUCGCUGGACCGGUGAGAAGAACGAGUGCGAUCGCCAAUUUAAAACCGAUGCCAAUAACCAUUUAAUGCUGGUUAAUCGUUCCUAUCAUUUUCUCGCUUUAUAUCUUUUCUUUUUGAUAAUUAGUUAAUCAAUCUGUUCGAUCAAUGAUCAAUUACGUUUCGUUUUAUCAAACGAACGAAUAUGUAUUAUAGUUCAUUCUGUCGAUCAGAACGAACAGAUUUAAUAAUAGUCUUCCGGAUCGUCUUUCUUUUUUUUUCUGAUUCUCUCUUUAUUAUAAUCAUAUCGAUCUUUACAUACGUAAUGAUUGAUUACAUUGAUCAUAGCAAUAAGUUCUUGAUCGACAAAAUUUGUAUUAUUGCGUUUUAUCUUAUUGAAAAGAAAAUUAAAGCAGAAAACAUGAUAAAUGAAAUAACAAGGAAAAAAUGUACAAAAGAAAAUAAUAGAGCAAUAGAUCAGAGAACAAUAAAGAGAGUUUCGGAUAUUCAAUUUUCUGUACUUAUGAGCUAUAUUUGUUUAUAAUUAGCGAUAUAAUCGCGAAUGCAAGCUCAACAAAGAAAAUGAUCCGUUAAUUAGAUAUUAUACGUAACCAUUACUUUUCUUCUUUCAUUUUAGGGUCUACCUCAAAUUAGUACUUUUAUUAAAAGUAUAUGAGUAGGUUAACAGCAAGUAUGAAUUAUUUAAUUAAUACACAUAAUUUGUGUGCAUAAAUUCGCUGAUAUAUAUGCUGAUAUGUUGUACUUAAGAAAAUAUGUAUAACCAGCAUUUGCUAGCAAAGGAAAAAAACGAAUUUCUUCCUUUUAUACAAGCAACAAUAAAAUUUUAACGCGACGGUCGUAUAUAUGUAUAAUUCUUAUACAUCUUUAUGGAUGUAACCGUCGCAUUUAUACAGUUACCGAUUUACGUCAAUGAACAACUGCAUCAUUUAUUAACUAAUUAAAUCAUAAGAUAUACAUAUAGUUAAAAAAUAGAGAUAAAAAUAAUUGCGUUUAUUUUUCCAUUACCAAAAUUAAUGUAACUAAUUAGUAAAAAAAAAAAAAAAAAAAAAAAAAAAUAUAUAUAUAUAUAUGAUCAACAAACGAAGGGAACAUAUGCAUGAUCGCGCACGAUUCAUUGAAUCUCUUAUAUGUGAACUGUAUAUACUUUAAGAAAUGAUUUUCUUGUAAAUCUUUAAUAUAUAUUUGUAUAUGUAGUUAUUUUUUACAAA